GUCCUGAAAUGGGUUACUGUUGUGCCGUUUCCAUGGAUACCGUUAACUUACCGCAGCCUCGCCAACGAAACCUAAGUAAAUCCACAAACUGACAUUUUGUAGAGCAGACGAAAUCGAAAAACAUAGGCCGACUGAAAGACCAGCAAUGUCAGUGAACUGGAACAGCCGUGGAUUACCAUUUUUACCACCAUACACUUUUCGGGAUGUAACGAAGUCAGCCUUCAAUCUCCCGCAGACCCUAAUAUAUAAAAAUGGCUACAGCCUGCCCCUUCGCCCCACUGUGGGCAUUGGACAGGAUCCUCUUUUAUGGGAGCAGCUGAACGAGAAGGAGAUGAAUGAGUUGUGCGUAGACACACUGGACUUCACUUAUGGCAGCUAUGACCAGAGCCUUGGCGAAGACUUCAUCCCAGCUUAUGUGGCCCUUGACAAGAAGGUGCUGCGAUUCUUUGCAUACUUUGUGGAAAAUAUCCUGUACUCCACUGAAGAGGAGUACCGCGUGCACUCCGUGGUCAUCUGCUACUACCUUGAGGAUGACAGUAUGUGCAUCAUUGAGCCCAGGGUGGAGAAUUCUGGGUUACCACAUGGGAAAAGGAUCAAACGCCAUCGUCUGCCAAAGAAUGACCGCGGGGACCAUUAUGUGUGGAAAGACCUCAAUCUCGGCAUGGACCUGGAGGUGUACGGGGUCAAAUACCACAUUAUACAGUGUGAUGCUUUUACAAAGGAAUUCAUGGAAAGUGAGGGCAUUGUUCUGAACGACCCUGAGCCGAUGCCUGUGGAUCCUUUCAGCGAACGUCGGAAAAAACCUCAAUCUUCCUACACAACACCAUCCAAACCAGACCGAAUGCGUCAGUUUCUCACCAUGGAUCGUAAGGUGCUGCGUUUCUUUGCCCUGUGGGAUGAUGCUGACUCUCUUUACGGAGACACCAGGUCUGUUACAAUUCAGUAUUACCUGGUUGAUGACACUGUGGAGAUUAGAGAGGUCCACAAACUCAACAGUGGGAAACUUGCCUUCCCUUUCCUGAUGCGCAGACAGAAGCUGCCCAAGAAAAUGAAACCAGAGUCUGAGACCUUUCCCAGCUGUGUGCUGAAGAUUUCAGAAGACGAGGUGGAUGAGUACUACUCCCCAAAAGACUUCCAAGUGGGUCAAACAGUAAAACUGCUGGGCCGUGCCUUCCUGCUGUAUGACUGUGAUGGCUUCACUAAGGAGUAUUACCAGAAGAACCACCCCGACAUGGAGAUGAGCCCCAUGGAGAUCCCGAAGAAGACUGACCAGCUUCAGGAGAGAAAGAAGGAGGUCCCUCCCUACAACGGUUUUGGUUCACUUGAAGACUCUCUCCAGAAUUGUUUGUCUUUAAUUCCUGAGCCUCCUAAAAAGAACAUGUUAAAGAUGCUGGAAAACGACAACAAAGUUCUGCACUACAGAGCCAGGCUGGAUUCCGCUAGUCCUGAAGAUGAGGGACGACGUUUCAUACUGUCCUGCUUCCCGUCAGAUGGCAUGAUCAGUAUUUUUGAACAGCCUGUUCGCAACUCUGGCUUCAUCGGUGGCAAGUUUUUGAAAAAGAUGCGUGUCCCCAAGCCAGGCUCUACAGCUGAAAACCCAGAGUUCUACUCACCGGCAGACUUUGCUAUUGGAGCCACAGUAGAGGUUUUCAGCCACCGCUUUGUGUUGACCGAUGCUGACCACUCAAUUCCUUGUCAGACUCCGGAGUCUAUUCAUCAAAAGCUCAGCAUGAAAACAGCAAUCAACCAGCCAGAUGAUCAGAAUGGCGAUGAUGUGGCAGGGCCAUCUUCAUGAUGUCGGAAAAGCAUCAGAAUCAAUCAAAGACAGAAUGUUCAGAAUGUUCCUAAACAUAAUAAAUAAAAACUGAACCUACUGUGGAA